AUGGCAUCGUCUACCCAGCAUCAACCUGAGCAGAAGGAUCACUGGUCAGCGGAGGCCUACGAGACAUCCGCAGCCUUCGUUCCCAAGUUGACCCAGACACUCCUGAAAUACCUAGACCCACAACCAGGCGACAGAGUGCUCGACGUUGGUUGUGGAGAUGGGAAGUUCACGGACCUCUUCCUGCCCUACGUCGGCAAGGUAGUCGGCGUGGACUCCUCGCCGUCCAUGAUCGAGUCCGCGAAUAAAGACUACGGUGGGGAGAAAGUGGACUUUCGCGUCUUGGACUGCAGCUAUUUGGAACAGGAUAAGGAGGUGGCGGAUGGGAGUUGGGAUAAAGUGGUAUCUAACGCUGCGCUUCAUUGGAUUCUGCGGAAUGAGUCGACCCGUGUUUCAACUCUGAAGGGGGUCCAUGCGAGCCUGAAGCAGGGUGGUAGGUUUGUCUUUGAAAUGGGCGGGCAUGGAAACGUUGCUGAGGUCACCACGGCUCUCAUGUAUGCGCUUGUUCGCCAGGGGGUUCCGAUUGAGAAAGUCAGGGAGGUGUAUCCCUGGUUCUUCGCUUCGGAGACUUGGAUGACGAACGCACUGGAGGGAAUUGGUUUUAAGGUUAUUAAGAUGGAGACUGAAUACCGCCCAACCCUGCUUACGAGUUCGGCCAAUGGCGGUCUCGCAGGCUGGGUGCGACUUAUGGGCGCUAAUUUCUUGGAUAUCCUAGCUCCAGAGCAGAGAGAAGAAGCCGUUCACGAGAUCUGCGAGGUCUUGCAGACGGGCGUGACUCGUGCUGAAGAUGGGAGCCAGUGGCUCGGAUAUGUUAGGCUCAGGGGGAUUGCUGAGAAGCUUUAA